AUGGAAUCAGCGAGCAACACAGACUUCCAAAAAAAUCUCAUAAACAUGGGUGGCCAGAAUGAUACCUCUCAGCAAAUAAAUACUAGCAAGGAGUCAAAUGCAGCAGCAAGCAAAUUGAAUGAUAUUCCAGAAGCAUGGCAAGAGGUUAAAAAGCACCUUGGGGAUAAAGAAGGAGAAAACAUAAUGGAGAGAACAAAAAUGGCAGAGAAAAAGAAGAGAAAACAAAGUAAUGAUGCAGUCAGAGCAAGCUCUAAAUGGAAAUUAGAAAAUGAAGGAAAGCUAGCUGGGAAAAAAGCAGCAACAAUGUUGGAGACUGACAAUCAGUUAAUCCCAGUGCCUCUAUCUCAUAUUCCUCUGACAAGCUUAAUGGAUGUGGAAAUAAAGUUGGUCUAUAUUGAUGAGGAGGACAUUACCUACGAGUUUGCAGAGCCUUUGGUGCCUACAAGUACACAAUCAGCAUGUCAUAAUUCCAAAAAAGCAGAUGUUCUGAGUGCACCUAAUUCCAGCUUUUUGCCACAGAUUGACAAAUGCCUUCAGGUAACCUUAAAGGAUGCCAGCACUUGCUACAGGCAAAAGAAGUACGCGGUAGCGGCGGGGCAGUUCAGGACAGCACUCGAGCUUUGCAGUAAAGGUGCUGCUAUGGGCAAACCCUUUGAUUCAUCUCCGCAUGAUAUUUCCAGUAUUGCCAGUUUUAUUGAGACAAAGCUUGCAACCUGCUACUUAAAAAUGAGGAAGCCUGAGCUUGCUCUGAAUCAUUCACACAGGAGCAUUAUUCUGAACCCCGCUUAUUUCCGGAAUCACCUGCGUCAAGCUGCUGUGUUUAGGUGUUUAGAGAGAUACUCUGAAGCCGCAAGGAGCGCCAUGAUUGCUGACUAUAUGUACUGGCUGUCGGGAGGCACUGAGCAGCAUAUAAGCAAGCUCAUCAAACUGUAUUGGCAGGCUAUGAUUGAAGAAGCCAUCACUAGAGAAGAAUCUUUUUCGGUUAUGUACACACCAUUAGCGACAAAAGCCAAGGCUGACAAAAUAGACAAGAUGAAGGACAUUUUUGCUAAAAAGCACCCUGAUUAUGUACAGCACAUAUAUACAGAUCCUCAUGGACUUCAUAUCUUGCCACAGACAGCUGACUGGUCUUCCCUGCCUCCUCCGCAGUAUUUACUGACUCUGGGCUUCAGAAACAAAGACGUUGGAAGAUUCUUGGAAAAGAUGUCAAGUAGAAAGUUGACAAUCUUUUCAGAAUACAAAGCACCUUUUAGUCUUCUCACAAAAGAAGAAUCAAGACGACAUUUGGAGACCGUUGGGAAAAAGAUCUUGCCAAUAAUGGAUUUCAUAAGAAGCACCAAAUUAACUGACAGCUCCUGUGCGUGCUCACACGUGAUAGAGAAGUUGCAGUACGCCAGCCUCCUUGGUUGCUUGCAGCAAGUCACGGAAGAGUCCCAGGUGAUUAAUCAAGCGAUGGCUGAGCUAGCAUCCAUCCCCUACCUGCAGGACGUCACUCAGCAGGAUGCUGAAUUGCUGCAGUCGCUAAUGGCAGAUGCCAUGGACACCCUUGAAGGAAGAAGAAGUGAUAAAGAACGUGUGUGGAAUAAAAUUCAGAAGGUUGGAAUAAUUGAAGACUUCUUAUACCAAACAGAAGACAGUUUCUUAAAGAACAAAAAGCUUAGAAUAGCAAGGAGGCAGAAAAUGAAAAUGAAGAAGCUUCAGAGCGCACAGCAACAUUAGAGCCUAGGAAACAGAAAACUGUCCCCCACCAGCCCCAAAGACAUGGCCACAAAGAGAACAAGAAAAUCAACGCUGUAGAUAUUUGAUAGAUAGGUCAACAAAAGCCACCUUUCAACUUAAUGAGCCUUCCCCCCACGAUGGGGUACCUUUAGCAAGAUAUUCCUGCACUUCAUUAGUCUUAACUGGCUGGAAUAAACGUCCACAAAAGACUUAGCUUGAUUCUUCUUGCAGAUUGUCUUGUUUAUUUAAAUAGUAAACCCAGCAGCGCGCUUUUCUCUCCACCUCCAUGAGGAAGAAGCUGGGGAGAUACGGGUAGCAUCAGACAACUGCUUGGGGUUGUAACUUCAGCUACCUGCUCAUUUGGGGAAGCACCUUUGCACGAAGAUUUACAGAACUGUGUGGGUGCAUAUAGCUGAAAGGGCUUAGAUUUUUAGAGAAAGCCCAUCUACUUCAAAAGGGGCUUAUAUUUUUCUGGCCUAAGAAUAGUCUGUAGCCUAAUUCUCCAUAAAAUCCUUGUGGCUUGAUCACCACGCAAGAAGCAGUGAAGACAGGGAUCCCUCCAUGCUCAGCUGACAGGAGUUCAGCCUCACGUUGCCUACUUUCUAGAUUAGUGCCUUACACUACAGAUAUCGCUACAAGUACAAGACACAACACUAGAAAAAGAGAAAGCAAAAACAGAGCCCAAUUUCUGCCCUGUGGUUAAGAGUAUGAAAUCCCUUGUUCUAGCGUGUGCCAUAAGAAUGGUUUUCCCCCCUCCAGCAGACAGUGAUCGUUUUUAAAAAAGGCACAAACAGUCCAGGGAGAAUAAGCGCAUCUGCCUUUUGCCAGUGCAAAUCUCAGCAGCGUCUUGCACUCCGAUGGCAGGAACCUGCAGGGCAGGCACACCUUAUGUCCCUUUGGCCUUCAAGGGAAGACAUUCCCACAUCGCCUGGGACCUGUCAUCAAUGAGCACAGCAAUGCCUGCUUUUACUAGUAUUGACCUACUUUUCGAUAGAGAUCACCUUGUCAGAUGAUGCCUGACAGGCAUCCUCAGCCGACACGUGCAAUCUCUUCUGCGGUUGGCAUUUCCUUUUCAUUUACCUUGUUUACAAGAAAAUAACCUCAUCCCAUAAAAAGAGAAUUCAGUUCAUUGCAAUUUCUCAUUCAAGAGUGACUUCCAAACAAAAAGAUAGAAAGAAAGGAAGAAUCCACCACC